AUGGCGACCUCGUUGGCUGAUGACAAGCGUCCACAAUUACAGCCCGUCUGUCAGAACUGCGGCACUUCCACCACCCCCCUGUGGCGCAGAGACGAAGUCGGCUCGGUACUCUGCAAUGCCUGCGGGCUCUUUUUGAAGCUGCACGGUCGCGCUCGUCCGAUAAGCCUGAAAACCGAUGUGAUUAAAAGUCGCAACCGCGUCAAAACCGGGCAGGGCCCCAAGCGCAAGUCCACUGGUCCGAUCGAUGCCAACGGUCUUGCAGCCUCGAGAUCAGAUGCGGGGACUCCGCCUCUGGGCUCGCAUGCCUACCGUCGCGCGUCGCGUAAGAUGUCCCCCGGUCAUUCGGAUCGGUCGAACUCGCCACUGUCUCGCACGGAGACUCCUGGCUUUGCGGCCAUGCACCAGCACAAUUCCAAUAUCGCGCCCCAGCACAUGUUUGACAGCGUGACCCUGGGCGACAAUGCCCUGCACUCCUCCAGCAGUCUCCCUUCCCUGCAGCUGCGGCAGCCCUCCCCCGGCGCAGCGGACCGCCAACAAGAAUCCCCUCAGACCUACGAAAGCCUCUUGGCGAUCAACACAUCUCUCAAGACCCGUGUCAGUGAACUUGAGCUCAUCAACGGCCUGUUCCGGGGUCGCGUCGCGGAGCUCGAGCAGAGCGAUGCCAAUGCGCGCCGUUCAGAGAUGAUCGUCCGAGACUCCGAGGUGCGCCUGCGCCGGUCCCUGGAAGAGUCCCAGCGUCGCGAGGAAGAUCUCAAACGCCGCGUCGGUGAUCUCGAGCGCCAGCUGGGCACCGACGGCUCGGAUGAGCCCGCCGCAAAGAAGAUCCGGCUGGCGGACAUGGUGGAGCAAUCGGGCGAGGAAACAUCGGCCAAGUCACCCACGAACGCAUAA